AUGCUUGCCGGAUUCGGGCACGAAAGUCUCCUUGGGUCCGGAAGCAUGCUCCCUCCGCCUGUCACUUCCUCAGGCGGCCAUCACGAUUUGAGCCACAGCACAGCUGAUGAAGUUCUUGGAGCAGCGAUGGCUGAUCAAUUGGCUUCGUUGCACCAUCAGCUCAAGCGACCUUCUCAUACGAGCUAUGGCACCGACUCCGACCUUGAUUUUGACCUGAAGUCGAGGGCAGACUCUGUAGACAGCUCUGGCCGACCAUUGCCGAAGAAAUCCCGGCCGAAUCAUAGCUUGAUCGAAAAGAGAAGGAGGGACAAAAUGAAGGCUCAUAUUCAUGAACUUGCAGCGCUCGUGCCAAUGUGUGCCGCAAUUAACACGAAUAAACUAGAUAAGUUUACUGUCUUGCGACUCGCGUUGCAACACAUAAAAUCCCUACUUGGCUCUGCCCGGCCUGCUGCUGGAGCUGCUUCUUUAUACAAGCCUUCCUUCGUUUCCGACGAAGAGCUGAAACAGCUGAUGGCCUACAGUGGCGACGGUUUCGUGCUAGUCGCCGGUUGCGAUCGUGGUCGCGUCCUUUUUACUUCAAAUUCCACCACUGAGAUCCUCUCACAAUCACCUCAAGACAUGCUCGGAAGAUCGCUCUUCGACCUGCUGCACACAGACGAUUGCGAUACGCUGAAAUCACAGCUUUUGACGGCCGAACACGGCCCACGAGAGCGCCUUAUCGAUAUCAAAACGGGCGUCUCGAUCAAGACUGAAUCCUCUCCAUCCUUCCUGUCUUCGGCCGGCGCUAAGCGAAGCUUUUUCUGCCGGAUGAAGAAGCAAACAUCAGAGGAUGAUCCAAACAGCGUCGAGUUUAUUAACGUUCAAGUUUCGGGAUACAUACGAACUUUUCCGAGCUCUCAGUGUAUUCCAAGCUGCCUGCAGGAACAAACGAGUCAAGUGAAGGUCGAAGAUGGUCCCGCGCCGGAUCAAGCAGUCACCGCCUUCUGCGGCAUCGUGCGGCCCGUUGCGCCGCCUAAAACUCAACAAAGCCCGACGCGCGACCAAGAGUUUGUGCUCCGCCUGAGCCCCUCUGGGCGUGUGCUCGAUUGCGACGAGCGGAUCAAGGGACUUCUUGAUCUUGUGCCACAAGAAGUCGUAGGCACGUCGAUCUACGACCACCUCCAUCGAAAUGACAUUCCGCGAAUCGUCGAGUGUCAUCGAGCGGCGCUACAAAGCAAGAACAAAUUAUUGACGUCUGUAUUUCGCUUCAGAAGAAAAGACGGAGAAUUUGUGCCGUUUAGGGCGAAAGCUGCCGCCUUUAGAAAUCCACUUACCAAGAAGGUCGAGCAGCUGAUUCUUUGCGCUGCGACGGUAGAGCCAAAUGACCGAGACGUUGGCAGACGAAUUGUCCGCGAAUGCCCGUCGCAAGAAGCGCUCGAAGAUUUUCUGCAAUCAGAAGGCGCUACUGGUGGACAAACAUCCUCAGGAUCACCAUCUGGUGUCUCAAAACUUGGUGAUCUAGUGGCGCAGGAAAUGCACCAGCGAGAAAGUGAGAUCAAAACUCCACCGUUACCGCGAGCGGCGAGUCCGAAAGCGGCAGGGUUAUUUACGACGAAUCCAGCGAGCAACGAGUCCGGCUACAAAUCGAGUCCGAACCCAUCGGAUCCAGAUCAAUUAACGUUUUCGCUGACAAAUGAGCACGUUUGCCAAGAAAACGAGCUUAUCAGACAGGGCGUACAGCAGCUGCAAAAUAAAAUCAACCAGUUCCAGAAAAGAGAUGGGCUGAAUGGAAUACCUCUGUUAUGGGAUCAACUUUUUCUUUGUUUUCAAGUUCUGAAAUCUUUUUACAAAAUAAUGCUUUCCUUCGAAUAA